UUCCAGUGGAUAACAUAACAGUGUUAGAGUGACUGUGACUGUGAGACACAUGGCCUCCAUUCCCCUCCUGUCACCACCCACCGUCAGCCACCGGCUCUCCUCCUCCUCCGUGUUUCCCACCUUCAAAUUAUCUCAGCCGCGACGGACACGGACACGGACGAGGCUCCACGUGUCCUCUCCCACGAACAAGAACCCCGGCGGCGGAGAAGCGAUAUUCUUCGACGGUGGGGCCCACUACGGGGACCUGGUGGCGAACCUGGUUCUCGGGUUCACGCUCCUCUGGCUCCCUCUGAGCCUUGCGGCAGUAUCGCGUGCCAUGUACCUGCGGUACAGGUUCACGAACCUGCGGGUGACGGUGAUCUCGGGGCUGACGGGCCAGGAACGCAGCGACUUCGGGUACGGCGUGAUCAAGGACGUGCAGGUGGUGCCCAGGUUCAUCGGGGAGUGGGGUGACGUUAUCAUAACCCUCAAGGAUGGCACCAAGGUCGACCUCAGGAGUGUCCCCAGGUUCAGAGAGAUCGCCAAGUAUUGUCUCGCCAUGGCUAAGGAAGCCUUUUAGUUUUCUUUCGCAUUCUUUUCUUAUACCUCUCCUCUUACACCUAUAUUAUUUCUAUACGCGUCUAAAUUCCUAUUUUCUUCCUUUUCUAUUUUUUAAUGUCCUCAAUUUUAGUUUCAUUUCUUCUAAGCAUUGCUAUAAAGAAUUAAUCCUCAUUCACCAACCUGUGUUGUUGGAGAGAUUUCGUUUCGAAUAAUGCUAUCAUUCUCAUAGUAUUAGUAUUUACGUGAA